UAUAUAUUGUAUGAGUAAAGACCGUAAAUAGGACCGGGAAAAGGGGGGUAAGUUAGGUACCUAAGAUCGGUACCUGGUGGGUAUAACCGUAUAGUGCAUAAUAUUGGCUUAACGGGUGAUGCGGAGAGUAUGGUGAUCCUUGCAUCGUUCAACAUCGGCCCCACCAAAACUUUUAAUCUUGACCCCUCCAACAUUUUUUUCACAUCCAUCCACAUCUCCAAAGCAUGCAUAUAUUGCCUAUCUUCAAGAAAGCAUUGUAAACCACCCAGUUAGACGAAAUGCCGUCCGUUAAGAACCCUAACGGGCCUUCGAAGAACCGCCUCAUAGCCCGCGCUGCCAAAGCGAGGAAGCAGAACCAGAAGCGCAUCAGCACCGCCGCCCUGGACAAGAAGGGCCGAGUCGCCAAAGCGGACACGAAGCGCGGCGCACGCCCCGGGCUAUUGCCAACGAGUGGGCCAAACGCAGCUCUCAGCUCGAAAAAGAGGCGCAAGCUCGAGCGGAAGAUGAACCAUGCUAUGAAGCGCAAGAUGGAGACCGAGGGUGAGGUUGAGAUGAAAGAUGUACCUGCGGAAGAGACGACCGGAAUUUCCAAAGAGGAAAUGGCUGUCGAUACUGAGAAUAUCUCGUGAGCGCACGUUGGCGUUUUACGCCCGAGUUACGGCAUAACACACCCUAGACUCGACCGAUAUUCCGCCAUUUUCACUUCGCAAAGGUGUUUCCGGCCCGGAUAGAAGAACCUGGCAGGCUAGCACUCCAUUGGAAA